AUGGUGAAAAUGACACAAGAUGGAGUGCGAGAAACAGACUCCAAGCGGGUAAAAGUGUAUAUAUUGGAAGAUAAUGAGUGGAAAGACACUGGGACUGGAUUUUGCGUGGGAAAACUAAGCGAAAGUGAUGCACUGACGCCAGCAACGGGCGAGAGCGACGAGGAAACGGGGAGUUUAGCCGCUUAUUUGGUUGUCAACGACGAAGCUUCCCCAGACAAGACGCUUCUGUGGUCCAGACUGGAGGGAAACAUUGAAUAUCAGCGACAAGAAGAGACUCUUAUUGUGUGGAAAGACCUCUCCGGCCAAGAUAUAGCACUGAGUUUCGAAGAAAGCACAGGUUGUGACGCGCUUUGCGACUUCAUUAUUCAGAUCCAAAAAACUACAGAAAGCAACAUAUCGCUGAUAGCAGUUCGUUCUAAUGACGAUGGCAUGGGUUCUGUGCAUGAAAUCAUCACCGGUCCUGUGAAUCUGCCCAGUAAUGAAUUGCAACAAGACGAAAAAUCACUCAUGGAUGCGCUUAAAAUCUUUAACGAAAACAUGGCGUUUGAGUACUUGAGAACUGGCACUAUGGACUUUGUGCUUAAAACCGCUUAUUUACUCACUCUAAUACGCGUUUUUGAAAAUGCAGAAUCUAAACACCGGCUUCGCGAACUCCUGUUAUUGAGUAACAUCAUCAAAACUCUGACGCUUUAUAACCAUCGAGACGUUCUAGAGCAGAUGGUCGACGAUGAUCAUAUUAUGGGUAUCGUCGGAAUCCUAGAGUACGACACCGAAUUCCCCUUUAGUAAGGCGAACCACCGUGAUUAUCUGCUGCAGGCGGGUCCGCAUUUUAAAGAAGUGGUCCCGCUGAAAAGCGAGGAAAUCAAAAACAUCAUCAAAAAGACUUAUCGACUGCAAUUUCUCAAGGAUGUGGUUUUGGUACGGUUUUUGGAUGAUCAUACUUUCAGCAUGAUUUCAGAUGUGAUCUUGGAUUCACAGAACUGCAUUAUCGAUUUUAUACAAACGGAGCAUUUCCUUCAGAGGGUCAUGUCGUUAUUUGAGAUAGACGCUGAUAUGGAAAAGAAAAGGGAUGGUGUCCGUAUGUUACAUCAAUGUGUUCAGAUCACCAAGAACCUGGAACACGCAGAAAAGUCAAAAUUUUUCAAAGCUUUGGUAAGGGCGGGCCUCUUCAAAAUUUUUGAUUUUGCAUUUGGUAUGGAAACGGAUAGUGGGAUAAGGAUUCUGGCCACAGAUAUGGUAAUCAGUAUUAUCGAGCAUGACAUUUUGUUGAUCAAUGCGGUCCAAAGUGAGCAGCUCCAUCAGCCGCGUCUGAUGGAUCAAGAUCAAGAUCAGCGGCAAUUAGGCGAUACAUCGAGCUUAUCGCAAUCAAAUGCAUCGUCGGAUAUUUCCUUGUUAUCCAUUCUGUCCCAAAUUUUGAUAACGGAUAAGAAUAUGGGAUUGAAGGAACAGGUAGUACAAGCUCUAAACACCCUCCUACAUCCGGAGGGAUGCAUGGGCAUCGACCCCGAUUACAACGACCCUGGGAAUAUGGACAUAAUAAUGGGUCUGGAGGAUCAGCCGCGCAAUGGAAACGGGGAGAAUCCUGCCAUGGAUACUCUCAGUUUUCACAUGAAAGAGUAUUUCAGCAACUUCUAUACUCAGGUUGCACCUAUUCUUUUUGGACCAUUAAUGGAAGGCGUGUACGAAGAUUCAGAUGAGGAUGUGCUUCUCAUAUAUCUGGUGAAGUUGGUAAGCUUUGUAGCUGCCGAGCAUAACCGCCGGGUGUCACGAGAUUUCAUUUUGGAGCAUAACAUUCUUGCCAAUAUCAGCAAGCUUAUUACGUCGCCUCAUAUGCUGCAGUUGCAGCUUACCGCUGUUAGGUGCUUGAAAGGAAUAGUGAGCCUGAAUGACGAAUUCUACCACAAGUAUAUGAUUUCCAAUAACUUGUACGAACCCAUUUUCGAUUUACUGCGAAGAAACCUUCAUGAUGACAAUAUGGCGAACUCAUGUCUUCUCGAUUUUCUGAAAACAAUCGCUUCACAGGCGCUACAAGCUAAAGAGCACCAUUCGGGUGAGAUUUCGAAUUUCAUAUUGCUCAACAAACACCUCGUGGAAAACUUCAGGAAAGAUCUGAUGGCUGUUGAUUAUGUUCCUUUUACUCAGGAAAUGAUUAGGAUAUACGAUACAGAAGAAGAGCCAUACAACUGGGGGGCUGGAGGAAAAGGGAGGGCAAUCAAUGACGUUGCCAAAAGAACUUUUUCCGAGGCCUCGGAUUCUUUGAGCUCAUCAACGCAUUUCGAAGAAGAGGGCGUAACUUCGACUUUCAAAAAGGCAAUGGAGAAGCUGGCGGCUGCCCCCGCGCCGAGAUCUCUUGAGAAAGACUUCCUGGGCAAUGGAUCUUGA